AUGGGCGACCUGAUCUGGCGCCGGGCAGAUGUCUCACGGGGGCCGAAGGACAAGGAGGCCUUGGCGAGUGAGCUCGGCAGCGCAGAGGCGGCGAAGCUGGCUCUGAAGGCUUUCGGGGCGGCGCCGGCCAGGUGGAGAGAGAUGUUGUUGGAAACUCUAACAAGCGAGGAGAUUGCUACUAAAGUUCCUCUGCUACGGUACCAGGGAGGUGCUGCGUCUUGCCCCAUGCUCUGGAAAGUCACGGGCGCGAACAGCGGGAGGGUGACAGGGGUGAUGUGUCGGGAGGGCGCCGACGGCACUUUCACCGCUGGAGAUGGAAGAUAUUCAGUUAACUUCGGUCUGCACAGUGGGGAGCCGGUAGCGGCUACAGGCGAUAAGGUGUUGGGGCUAAUCGGCGAAGCGCGUACAAAGCUCCUGAAGUCCAAGCUAUGCAAGAACGGGGAGGUGCUGCCGCUGAAAGAGAUUAGGUUGGGACUGGUUAGCUCGACACGCACUGUGAAGGAGCAGCGAAGGUGGGUUGGAGAUGGGAGGGUGAUUGAGUGGAAGGGGGUCAUCAAACAGAGGGACUCUCUCGCCACCCCCGCCCGGGCACGAGAAAUUUUGCUGAGGCUGCACUGUAGGAAUCUGCAAGUAGGGGAGCGGCUUUUCUUUAUGGAGGAAAAAGUGGUCUGUCCACACUGCGAGGCGGAGGAGACACUGGAGCAUUGCCUGCUCGGCUACCCGGCGAUUCAAAAGGUGGUGCGGUUCCUGCGGAGAGGACUGGCGGAGAUGAACCCGCUGCUGAACUGGCAGGGUCUGGAGGACGUGCUUUUCAUGCAGAAGAGCAUGAAGUCUGGUUUCCCAGAGAGUUCGUUCAUUGCCACCACACUACACCAGGUAUGGCUGGCAAGAUGUGAUGCAAGUCGUUGGAACAUCAAGUUUCAGCCGAAGAAAGUGAUGCGUAUGGCGGUGGUUAAAUUUGUCGCGCAUGCCAGGGUGUACUACCUGGCAAGGCAAGUGGCAGCACAGAAGCAUGGCGUGGCUGUUUCUCUCCGCGCUCCUCCCCAAACCUUCCGUGAUACCGACCGUGGUGUUAGCAUGGCGACCAGUAGGAUAGCACUGCCUGCGACUGAAUUCCCCCUCCACGUGCCAGUGGGCAUCGGUGGGUACGGGGUGACGCUUGAGAUGAAGGACUACAAAGUCCUUCGCGACGAGAAGGCCGAGUUCACAGAACCUUGCUUCGACCUCGGCCUCGCGUACGAGCUCGAUCGUCUGGGAAAGGGCGACAGCAUGAUCCUGAUCCGCGGUGCGAGUCUUCGCGCUGCCAAGACGGCGUCGAAGGCGGACCAUCUGAUUUUCGGGUCGGCCUUCGGCUUCGAAGCCCUCGCCAUCCCCCUGUGCACCGGUGGCGGACCUCUUCCCGGCAGGCACUGCAGCGUCCUACUUGUUGUGCGCCCUGGCGACCUGCUUUUGCCCGACGAGGAGGAGAUCGGGACGCUCUACCGCCACCUCGACCCCAAAACCUCCUCCAAGCGGCACGAGGAGGAGGCGGCCAACGUUUUGAGUUUCCAACGUCCAUGUCGCCUUGUCGCCUGGGCUAUCGUCGUCCAGGAGUCGACUCACCCUUUUCUUCGGCGCCAUGUGCUUCGGAUGUUGAUGCGGAAAUUCCCCGACAUCCUCAAGGAGGAGGUCGCCGGCACGGGGCUGUUGGCGGUCAACGCGUUCGCGCGGUCGUUGGAGCAUCUGGACGACGUGCAUCGCAGCUACGAUCCGCUCAUCGUCGAGAACCCGAAGAUGUUCGGCUUGAAGGUGCUCCGACUGGAGCUGUUGCACCACGCGGAGAAGGCCGCGUCGAACAAAGGGGAGGCGGCGUCAACCGUGGCCCGUGGCGUCGGAACCGCCAUCGCUCUGGGUGGGGAGGAGGAGCACGAGAGGGAGGACGUCGAGGGGGGCGGGGAGCACGACGGUGGCUCGGAAGAAGAGGAGGACGUGGAGCGUGAGGAGGACGACGUGGCUGUCACCGGCGAAGAGGAAGCAGUACAGUUCGCCGGUGAGAAGGUUGCGGAUAAGAGCGGCGGCAGCGGACCCAAUUUGGGCAAGAAGGCCCGGGGCAGCAGUGGCUCGACCCCGACUAGGAUGGCGUCAAAGGCGGCUAUCGAGCGCCUGAAGGCGGCGGAGAGGGAGAUCAAGAAGCUAAGGGAGGAGAAGCUGGUGGCGGAAAAGAGGCUGGAGUUCCAGACGGCCCGGAACGACACGAUGUACGGCGUGGUCACCUCGGCCGUGAACAAGCUCACUACAGUCGCCGAGGGCGUGACCCAUCUCGAGCAGACGUCGGGGAGGAGCAUCCAAACGGCGGUGGACGCUAUGAGGGCGGUCGUGCAGGAGGCGGUGAGCUAUCGCGGCUCCACCCUAGAAUUCAUGAACACGCAGUGGCUGCCCACCGUGCAGGCCCUGCACUUGACGGCUACUGCUGCACAGGGUAGGCGACGGGAGGACGAUCUCCUGCUGCUUCGAGGUGUGGCAGAUGCUCUUGGCCAGAAGAUCAAAACAGUCGUGUCUGCCGAGGUGAAGGCCGCCAUGGAGGGCGAGGCGUAG